AUUGUAUUAAAUUAAAAGCAGAUUUCAUUAGCGCCGCUAAGACUGCCCUAACUAAUAAUUUUUCAUAAUGACAAGGUAAAAAGCGGGAAACGGUUUGAUGGUAGCGUUUUAAAUUCUAGGGUGCAUCUGACUAACCUACAAUAACGGUAAGGAAAUACUCGGCCUUUUAAUGUUACAAUAAAGACCUUCGCUUCGCUUGCGAAAAUAGCCGUAAAUACGAGUUAUGACACGACGCUAAGUGUUGUCAAAUUGUCACGCAGUUUAAUUACACUACCUUGUGUACGAUUAGUGCUUACCGGCCGACAAAUUACACGGCGGGUUUGUUGUUCGCGGUAAUACAGCUUACUGGCCAUAUGCCGAUUGGUGCUGAUGUGCGAUUAGGCGAGCUUUCUGUGUUCGACGUAUAGAACGCGAUCAUGUUCCAACACAAUGAAGAAAACACUUGACACUUAUUGUUGCGUGUGCCGCGCUCCGAAUAGGAAAUAUUUUAAAAGACGCCGGGAUCGGAUUGUGCGGUUAUUAUUUUACGUCGAAGUGGUUUACUCGCCGAGAUCUCCUCGCUGUUGUAGACGACGAUAGCAGAAAUUCAGCGAAAGGCACUGUAUGUCUGACCUAAAGGCAAUAGAUAUGAAGAAGCGUACAACCAGUCGUGUGGUCUAAACUGGGACUGAGCAUGCAAAGUGAAAGUAGAUAAUCCAACAGAUGGUCACUGAUUCCGUAAUGACAGCGUCAAAACCGAAGUAUUAUUUUAGGAAGAAGACGAGAUGCCCAGCAGUCACGACAAGAACGAAGCACCACAGCAGCUCGACGGAAAGCGAUGACUUUGUGUCUUUGGCUGAUGACUCGAGUCGCAUCACCAUGCACGUGAUCACCGAGCAAGGCCAAUCAGAAGCGGUUAAAAAGUCUUUUAAGAAUCUAACUGAACGACUUGACCCGACGUUUGAUGUUGUGUGUGUUUCUGAAAGUUCAAGUCAAAGUAAAAUGAAAGACAAAAGGAACGCUUCGACAACCCCACAAGUUCCAGCUUUGGCAGUAAUUUUGUUCUUCAUGUGCGACGUCGCCAGCGAGGAUCCUGUCGAGGCGGCAAAAAUGAAACGAAGUGAUUCAGACAACAGCACAGACGAACUCUUUAAGGUGGAUACGCGGAAACGCAAGAACGCAUUUUACGAGGUGCGGCGAACAUUUUCUAAGAAGCCGUGGCGGUUUCACCACAAAGUUGCGGUCAGCGGAAAACUGGUCUGUGAUGCAAAUGUACAGGAUUAUUUUCAGUACGAAACUUCGAACCAACAACGUCGGAGAGGCAGCAACGGUCGGGCGACGCCUUCACUGACGAACGAAAGAACCCAACCGCUUCGGUUGCCGCUAUGGGCGGUGCGGAAGGUUCACUACGGAAAACAAAUUCUUCGUUUUAACAUUUUCGUCAGCUACGAGAACUGGGCUGCACAAAUCGAAUUGUACAGCUUGGUAUUAAAAGUGGAAGCACAGCGAGUGCGGGACGAUUUCUGCUUUUUUGAAACCUUUUCCAACCUCACUUCGACUAUACAGUUGGGACUUAAGAGACUACCAGUAAAUUUGAAGCCACAGAGGUUAAAGUCUUCAAUUCUUCAGUUUAAAGUUCAAAAUGUUGGUCAGCUGGUUCCACUGCUGCCACAUUCUUGCGAACCCAUUAGUGAACUAAGGUGGCGCACUCGGGACCACGACUCCAAUUUGAUUUUGUUACAAAUUAAACGGUCGUGUGGUGAUGCCGGAGAGCUACCUGUGGAAAGUUUAUUCAGUGACGGCGAAGGUUGCCGAAGCCAAACUCCAAUACCUCGAUGUCCGACGCCGAAGCCUCAUAUUCCAGUACCGAGACCCAGAACCAUUAGAUACUUCGAGACGAGUAAUUCUCCAAACAAGAAUCGCCCAAAAUUAAGCCCAGAGACAAAACAAGACUCAUCAGAUCCAGAUUUAAAGGGGUAUAACAGCGACGACAGUGCUCUUGGUGACAGUUUUGUUUGCCCAUCCCUUCCGGACAAAAUGCCUCUUAUAAAACCGACGCUUUACUCUUUGCCCAAAACUAGCCCUUCCGCCUCCGUAAAUUUAACCGAAAGAUUACGCGGUAACAACAAGUUGCUAAGGGACGAUGUUUAUAAUAAUUCAAACGGUCGCAAAUCGUCAAUGGACAAAUCUUUAGACCCAGAUGAUGACGUCACGAAACCAACGAUCGUCGAAUCUGAAGACGGAGACAUUUAUAUUUGAAGUAACUGUUCCAUACAUAUCGUUCCCAUGAUUGUAUAAUGCGCAUAUCUAUCUCCCUUUAAGCAAUAUGUUAAGCAUUUUCCGCAACUGCACUUAUAUAUUUCUUCAUGUAUACAUAUACGAUUGAGAAAUAAACGUAGAAACGACAUCUUUAUCUAAGACCAACAACAGCUAAGAACCAACAUUUCGAAUCAGAAAUAAAGUAGGCCUAA